UCUAAACCUUCCUAAAUAAUGUAACUCAGCAGUAAAUGUUUAACUUCUUUUGAAGACUAGAUAAUGCAUGGUAUGCAACUUCCAGCUGCAUAUUUUAAGUCACUGGGAGGAAAAAAAUCUUGGCCUAAUAAAACCUAGGAAAAACUGGCAAUGAGCAAAGUUCUGUGAUCAGAAAAUAGUCUCAAAAGUGGAAAAGUGUUUUAUAAAUAUAUACUUAUUAUUCAUUUUAUUUACCAAGAAUAACUCUUGAGCAGCAAGCCUCUCAGUUAUGACAUAUAAAAGUCUUGGCCCUUAUCAGACAGCUGCCCUUGAUAUAAUAUCACUUACAUCAAUUUCACUGGUCCAGCAUAGGCUAAAGAAGUCAAAAAGUUAAAAAAAAAAAUCCGUUUCCAAGUCAAGUUUAAAGUAAAAAACCAUCCUUCUGUAUUUUUAGCUGUAUAUUGAGUACAAUGGAAACAGCUGUGAUAAGCCCCAUGGUGAGGAACAAGGCAGUCUCUCCCAAGUGCUGCAAAAGCUGUGUGGCUUGCUGUUAAAAGCACUGACAAUAAAGAGCUCUCUGAGUGCAGCCAGAGCAGCAAGAAUGGGCGCAAUUCAGUGGCACAGGAGCUGAAGCCUGUAAGCCUGUCCCUGAGAUGUGGUCUUCUGAAACUGCUUUUAGCACAAUGGAACUAUUUCUUGGCUGGCUCAGUCGAUGGUCAAGUGCUUUUGUUGCCAUGAGUUGUGAGAGGCAGUUGCGUCAGACAUUGCUGUAGAAAUGUGAAUGUGAUUUAUGACGGCCUGUAGUAAUUCUGUACAUCUCUUAUGUCUGUGUUCUUAUAGCCACUUGGGCACUGAAGUAGCUGAAAUGAGAAAGAGGCAGCAGUCACAAAAUGAAGGAACAUCAGCUGUGUCUCAAGCACCUGGAAACCAAAGGCCCAACAACACAUGUUGCUUUUGUUGGUGCUGUUGCUGCAGCUGUUCAUGCCUCACUGUUAGGAAUGAAGAUAGAGGAGACAAUGCAGGAAGGCCAACACAUACGACCAAACUGGAGAGUAUCCAGGUCAUAGAAGAAUGCCAAAACCCUACUGCAGAUGAAAUUUUGUCUUGGGCUCAGAAUUUUGACAAGAUGAUGAAAACACCAGCUGGGAGGAACCUUUUCAGAGAGUUUCUCAGAACGGAGUAUAGUGAGGAGAACCUGCUUUUCUGGCUUGCAUGUGAAGAUCUAAAGAAGGAACAGAACAAGAAAGUUAUUGAAGAAAAAGCAAGACUUAUAUAUGAAGAUUACAUUUCUAUAUUAUCACCAAAAGAGGUUAGUCUUGAUUCCCGGGUGAGAGAAGUGAUCAACAGAAACUUGUUGGAUCCCAGCCCUCACAUGUAUGAAGAUGCCCAGCUCCAGAUAUACACCUUGAUGCACAGAGACUCUUUUCCAAGGUUUUUGAACUCUCAGAUUUAUAAGUCUCUUGUUGAAAGUAUUACAGGCGCUACUUCUGAAACUUAA